AUGGACCUUCAUUUCAUGAAUAACUUGGAGAGAAGAAGUGUGGACAUCAAGAAAGAGGACUGUGAAUGGGAAUAUGUGCCCUUUUCUCAGGACUGUCCUACCAUUAAGGAGGAGGACUGUGAAUAUGAGCCAACAUUUGAGAGCAGUGACAUGCAGGAAACUAAAAUGGUAAUCAGCGUGAAAAAAGAAGAAGUCAAAUGGGAGUUUGUGUCUCAGCAGGCGAGUUCAGAUGUCACAGGAUCAGGCCUCACUCUGAAGAGUCCGCACACCCCACAUCGUCACUCUGUCCUCGUGAAGUCGGAGUGUUUGGAGUCUGACAUGACCAAGAUUAAGAAAGAGUUAAGUUCCUGUCCUUCUGGAGAAGGUUUACAAGAAAGCGACCUCCUCUCGCCAUCAUCAUCUCCUCUUCACUGCAAACUGUCUCAAAAUGAAAACAUGAAGAAGCCGAUGUCUGAAGUAGAGAGUUUGUUACCAGCCCAUAUCAAACAAUUCUUCACCAGUGGUGAUUUUCAAACGCACAAAAGAAUUUUUACGGAAAAGAAGGCACCUUCAGCAGGUACCUCUAAGAAACACUUCAGUAGCCGUGGAUCAGAACUGCACAACACUGAGGAGGACAUUCAAGACCUUCUUCAUUACAGCUAA